AUGAGCAAGCUCUCAGUGUCAAGCGUGCGGGGCUCCAUCAAGGAACUCCUUGCCGAGUCCAAUGGCGAGAAGAAGCGCAACUUCAUCGAGACUAUCGAGCUACAGAUCGGUCUCAAGAACUACGACCCCCAGCGCGACAAGCGUUUCUCCGGAACCGUCAAGUUGCCCAACGUCCCUCGUCCGCGCAUGACCAUCUGCAUUCUCGCGGAUGCUGCCGAUAUCGACAGAGCCAAGCAGAUCGACUUGGAGUAUAUGAGCGUCGACGACUUGAAGAAGCUCAACAAAAACAAGAAGCUCGUCAAGAAGCUGGCGAAAAAAUAUGAUGCUUUCUUGGCCUCCGAAGCUCUCAUCAAGCAGAUUCCUCGUCUGCUCGGCCCCGGUCUUUCCAAGGCCGGAAAGUUCCCGACACCCAUCUCGCAUGCGGAGGACCUCUCCAACAAGCUGACGGAGGUACGCAGUACUAUCAAGUUCCAGCUGAAGAAAGUUCUCUGUCUUGGUGUUGCUGUCGGCCACAUCGAGAUGACUGAUGACCAGGUGCUCGCUAACGUCAUGUUGAGCAUCAACUUCUUGGUCUCCCUGCUCAAGAAGAAUUGGCAAAACGUGAAGAGUUUGCACAUCAAGAGCACGAUGGGCAAACCUAUCCGACUGUUCUAA